GUCUCUGCUUUUCUUCAUGUUGCCUUGCUCAUGUUUGUUACUCGAGCUGCUGUAAAUGCUUAGAAAAACAUCAUCUCCCUUCAGCUGAUUGUUCAACCUUUGUUAGUGAGAGUUUUUAGAAGUAAUUAUUACAGAUAUCAGCCAAAGAAACGGUCUUCAGUCGGAGCUGGACAUGACUUCUGCAGGUUUAGGUCUCACCGAUGCCCUGGGUCCAGACGUCAGUCAGGAGGAGCUGGAUUUUUCGGAUCUGUUUCUCUAUCAUCCCCCUGGAGAGGACUUUCGUGUUGGCUGUGAUAAAGAUGACCCAGGGCCUCUCCUCCAGAGUGACACCCAGUCUUCUCUAGUGGUAGUCGACCAUCACAGAGCUUACCUUUCCACCUCUGACAAGCCAGCAUCCAGCCGGGACCCCUCCUCUUUUAGCCCCACUACAGAGAACCUGUCAGGGGCCGUGUUUGAUUCCCUUGGGCUCACAUCCAGACCAGGUACCAUCCCUGCUCCCAGCCCCAGGAUUGAGAUCACUCCAUCAGGUGACUCUCUCAGCUCCCAGACCCAUGACCGGAGCCCCAGUUCCAAAGCCUACAGGGAGUGUGUGAGUCCCGCCAGCAGUAACUCCUCCACAGGCUGGCCAGCAGAGGCGUACUCUCCCCUGACCUCACCCUGCGUCUCCCCCUCAAAUGCUGCUGGAUGUGGUGUGGGGUUGUCUGCUUUAGACCUCUGCCCAGGCCUCCAGGGUAUCCACACUUCCUCUGCCCACUCCUCCCCAGGAACCUCACCCCACAACGGCAUCACAGACGAUACAUUUCUCCACGCCCACCAACGCAUCUCCUCACCACGGCCACACCAGCGCUCCCGCUCCGCCUCGCCACAAGGUAAACGCACCUAUGACCAGGUUUACUCAUGUCAGGGGGCCACUCCUGUCAAGCAGCGCUCCCGAAGCCCCAGCCCCAUACCCUCACCGCAUGAGCAGCAGGGGGCCUACUAUCUGCACCAGUACCAGGCCCAAGGUGAGUUCCAUCCCCAAGCUCAGGCCUCAACCCCGGUGCCGAAGGAGAUGCUGAGCAGCCUCAGCACCAGUCCUGUAGUUUCUGCAGUAGCACAUGGUGCACACAGGCAGGUCCAGAGACCAGACUGUGUGUACGGAGACGGGUAUGACUGGGCUCUGGAGCCAGAGAAGACAGCUAGACCAGUACCCGAGGUCAAGUCUGAGGCCUUCUACAUGUUACCAGCUGCAUGGCCUCGUCCUCAUCCAACUUUUGGUCUUCCCAUGACUCCACUUCCGUCGUUGGAGUGGCCCCUGCCUUGUCAGUCCGGCCAGUACCAGCUUCUGAUCCAGCAGCAGCCCAGGUCUCACCACAGAGCUCACUAUGAGACAGAGGGCAGCAGGGGAGCUGUCAAGACACCUAAUGGAGGACAUCCUGAAGUUCAGCUCCACGGGUACCAAGGCACAGCUCCACUGGGGCUGCAGGUCUUCAUAGGCACGGCUGAUGAGAGACUCCUAAAACCCCACGCCUUCUACCAGGUCCACCGCAUUACUGGAAAGACUGUGACUACGCCCAGCAUGGAGAGGAUGAGCAACGGGACUAAAGUAUUAGAGAUCCCUCUGGAGCCAAAGAACCACAUGGGAGUAGUGAUUGACUGCGUGGGGAUCCUGAAACUGAGAAAUGCUGACAUUGAACUAAGAAACGGUGAGACGGACAUCGGACGAAAAAACACUCGAGUGCGUUUAGUGUUUCGAGUCCACAUUCCUCAACCCGGAGGCCAGUUUGUCUCACUUCAAGUUGCUUCUCAUCCUAUUGAAUGCUCCCAGCGCUCAGCUCAAGAGGUCCCAGCGGUUGAAAGGCAGGACUUGGACAAAUGCUCGGUCCUUGGGGGUCAACAAAUGGUUCUGACCGGACAGAACUUCACAUCUGACUCGAAGGUGAUCUUCUCAGAGAAGACACAAGAUGGGCGGCAAGUCUGGGAAGUGGAGGCAACAGUCGACAGAGACAAGACACAAGCUAAUAUGCUGUUUGUGGAGGUCCCCCCGUAUAAAGACCAGAGCAUCUGUCACCCAGCCAAAGUCAACUUCUACGUGAUUAAUGGGAAGAAGAAACGCAGUCAGCCCCAACACUUCAUCUACACUCCUGUGAUUGCCAUUAAAGCAGAACCAGUGGACGACUACCCGCUGAAUUCAUAUGGUUACACAGAAAAUCACUCUGUGUCCGGCCUGUCCAUGAAGUCACUCUACCAUCACCUAGAACAGGACAGCAACCUUCAAGCCUUGAAUUUGUCUCCAUCGGUGUUUCAUGCAUCCACCGUAGACCCCAGACUCCAUGGGUUAGCCUCUGAUCUCCUCGACACCCAACCGGUGUAUUACCAGUCCAGAUCCAGCACGCUGAUCAGCAAUCAGGUGCUUUACAACCCGGCAAACCCGCGUUACAUCAACUGCAGUACCCCCCACCUCAGCGGCUCCCCGAUGACCUCCCACCCCCCUAACACUUCUUCUCCCAACCAGUGUACCGCUGCCAGAACCGCUACGGGCAAACUGGGUGAAGGCCCUCGUGUCGCUGAGUCAUUUGAGGCCUGUUCCGUAACGAGACAUCAGGGCUUAGUGCAGACAGUGUUGCCUCUGGGAAAGUCAUCCCCAUCCAGAUACAUCCAGGGCCAAAUGGGCUGCGAGCCCCUCACCCACAUGGGUUCAGGAAGAAGCCACCAUGAGGAUCCGGCUGCAGAGAGGACCACGGUUAAACAAGAGAAUCUCAGCUAUCUGGAGGAUGUGAAUGACAUCAUUAGAAGAGACCUAAAAGGACAUGAGGGGGAUUAAGUCUGGAGGUCUGCAGCAGCACCAAAGACCAUCAGCCUGGGAUGUCCAUCCUGCAGAUGCAUCUGAAUGGACAUAAUUGUUUCAGAGUAUUUCCUAUUGUUUGUGUCUUUUCAUGUCUUCAUUUCAACAUGUUUCAAUGGAUGUUUUUUUUUUUUUUUUCUAAACAGUGUAAAAUCUGUAAUAAGCCUUGUUAAUAGUCAUCAAAGCUGAACACAACAGACAAACAUUGUCCUUUUACAUCAGCUCAAUGAUUGAUUUUAAUGCUGUUAAAUGUUUCCCUGAUGUACAAGUAUGUACAACAUCCUCAGUGAACAAGUAGAGCAUGUUGUACCAUUUUCCUCUAUAUAUAUUGUGUCUUUAUUCAGCCUCCUCAUCUGUUUAUUUCUAUCAUGCUUUGUAAACUUGUAUAAACUAUUUUAUAAUAAACUCUGUUCACAUUUAUCAGUGCUAUG